AUGUGGAUAUAUCUGCUGUUAGCCCUUUUACCAGCAAUUAUAACUGCACAACAAAAUGGAGAGGAAGUUGUGGAGAACGCGGAAAACUUCCGAAGACGUGAGACAUGUUCAAGAGACCAGGAAUAACAUAUUUUUGAAGUGUACGGCAUUGCUACCCGUUUAAUGGAACUGAGUGGCAACAUCAUGAGCGCAAACGGAGGGAAUGAGGGACAAGAGAUUCGGCCACGUUUCCAAGGUAAUCAUCUCACUUUCGAUUCGGAAAUUCCUGAGGGAUAAGGACGAUCUGCUUAUUUUCGACUAUCAAUAAGCAGUUCGGUACGCCAUCAGACCUGUUCCCCGUGCCUUUUUUGUCGCGAUUUAUCAUCGCUAUUGUGGGUGAUACAAAAUCUGUCAUUUUAUCGCUUUGAAGGGGUUCGAUCGUUCACGGAAGACAACAGUAUCCUGAGUGGCGGCGGCGGAGGGGGAUCAUCACAGAAUGGGAUUAAUACGAUGGCGCAGAUGUUCCAACAGUACGGAGGUAAGGACAGAAAGAAUGCAGACAGAAAGGGUCAUAAAAUGGUUCAGGAAUGCUUGCCAACGCCAAGUUUGCCCAGCCAACAACUACCACCACGCAGGCGCCGACUGGUUUCAAGUCGAUCAUUGAUUCCUUCCUAGGUACGUUCCACACAUUUAUCACUUCCUUAAUGAUAUCAUGUGUCAGGAACUGGUGGAUCAGCUGCUGGAGGUAGUGAUGAAUUCGAAAACUUACCACCACCACCAACUCCACGGCCGCGACAACGUCAAAACCUGUUCGGACUUUUCGGCGGGGGCCAAACUGAUCCUGGUAAUAUCUUUUGUUUCUAUUCAUGAAAUUCCACUCGAACUUUGUAUUUAAGAGCGAGCACCACAACCAGCUGCUCAACCAUCGGGCUCCGGAAACAUCCUCAGUCUUUUCGGUGACUUUUCACCCAGAAACUAAAACGUUUUUCUACUUUGUAAAAGUUUUGCAGGUUUGAUGCCAACUCCAGCACCGACCACAACCACAACCACCGAAGCAACCCCAGUUCAGAGAAUCAUGAACCUGUUCGGUAAUUCUUUGGUAACUUUUUCCUCAACCGUUAUUUUACCAUUUUCAGUGCCACAGCAAGAUCGCCCCCAACCGGAGCAGUCGUCGAGCCGUGGAAAGAUCAACUUUCUUGAAAUGUUCGGACUCAUGAAACCAACCACGACUACCACCGCGACCCCACCAUUGAGAGCCUUGUUCGCUCCGGAUAAGCCGUACACUGGAACUGCCGAAGAUUUUGAUGGUAGGGUCUACAAUUUGAGUUAAAAAUGAACCAAUUCUUGAAGGUAUCAUGAACGCCCUUCUGCGCACGAAUGCUCGACCAGCUCGUCAAGAACCGUCGUCUGUUCUCUCGCAGUUCUUUGGAGGAAGAAAGUGA